CCUUCUACCUCUGCCGCCGCCGCAGCCGCCGCCACGUCCCGGGACGAGAGGAAGCGGGAGAGGAACCCACGUCGCCUGUCACCCAAGUCCUCCAGCCGCGCCGCCCCGAGGAGUGUAAGAUGUUCUCCUGCGCCAAGCUUGCCUGCACCCCCGCUCUGAUCGGAGCUGGAUCCAGAGUUACAUACAGACCAAUUUCUGCAUCAGUGUUAUCCCGACCAGAGGCUAGGACUGGAGAGGGCUCUACGGUAUUUAAUGGGGCCCAGAAUGGUGUGUCUCAGCUAAUCCAAAGGGAGUUUCAGACCAGUGCAAUCAGCAGAGACAUUGAUACUGCUGCCAAAUUUAUUGUUGCAGGUGCUGCAACAGUAGGAGUGGCUGGUUCUGGUGCUGGUAUUGGAACAGUCUUUGGUAGCCUUAUCGUUAUUGGCUACGCCAGAAACCCUUAGCUGAAGCAGCAGCUGUUCUCAUAUGCUAUCCUGGGAUUUGCGUUGUCUGAAGCUAUGGGUCUCUUUUGUUUGACGGUUGCUUUCUUGAUUUUGUUUGCCAUGUAACAGAAAUUACUGCUUGAAAUGUUGGCAUUCAUCUUAAUUACGGAUUAAUUGUGUAUCUUACUGUGACUCCGAAAACUAUAGUAUUGGUGUCAUGGAAAUAUACGUUAUUUCCAAAGUCAUUUCAUUAAAGAUGAAAACUUUAAAAAA